CAGGCACAUUCCGUACAGAGAAAACAAAAACCUCACUGGAACAGCUCGGUAUGCAAGUGUGAAUACUCACCUUGGAGUCGAACAAAGUCGAAGAGAUGAUUUGGAAGCACUUGGUUAUGUGCUUAUGUAUUUCCUCAAAGGGAGCUUACCCUGGCAGGGAUUAAAAGCUGGGACAAAGAAGCAGAAGUAUGACAGAAUUAGUGAGAAAAAAGUAGCAACUCCUAUAGAGGUAUUGUGUAAAAAUCAACCGUCUGAGUUUGUUUCAUACUUUCGUUACUGCCGGUCUCUACGGUUUGAUGACAAACCUGAUUACUCUUACCUGAAGAGGCUAUUUUGCGACUUGUUUAUUCGAGAAGGUUAUCAGUUUGAUUAUGUAUUUGACUGGACAGUUCUGAAGUAUCCUCAGAUUGGUUCCACCUCUGGUUCUAGUUCACGGACACGGAAUCAUACAACUGCGAAACCGGGGUUAAGUGCAGGACCUUCUCUCGAAAAACCGGAGAGGAUUGCUGGAAAGGAGACUCGCGAGAACCGGUUCUCGGGUGCAGUUGAGGCUUUCUCAAGAAGGCAUCCGACAACUUCUACUCCGCGUGAUCGCUCGGCAUCAAGAAACUCCGAUGAUGGGCCUUUGUCUAAGCAUCCGCCUGGUGACUCAGAAAGACCACGCAGUUCCUCAAGAUACGGAAGCUCUUCGAGGAGAGCAAUUGCGUCAAGCUCUCGACCAAGUUCCGCAGGUGGACCAAGCGAUAGUCGAUCCUCUAGCCGUCUGGUGACAUCAACUGGAGGAGUCGGAACGGUAAGCAACCAUGCAUCAACAAGCCAGAGAAUCCAACCAGGAAACGAAUCCAAGACAUCGUCUUUUUCGCGUGCAGCUAGAAACACUAGAGAAGAUCCAUUAAGGAGGAGCUUAGAGCUUCUCUCUCUCCGAAAAUGAAACCUGACAAAGAAGAAAGUCAUUAUACGUACAAACCAAACGAACAAAACAAUAGACAGAUAAUCGUAAGAGAAUCUGCGUUAAGAUACAUAAAACGUUCCAUAUAUACGUAUAUAGUUUAUUUUGUAUAUUUAAAACAGUUUUAGAAGCCGAAAUUUCAUUAUGACGCAGACUCAAAAACACACUUUUGUUGGUAGGCUUCGAUCUAUCUGUAAUAAAUAAAAAAUAUAAAUUGUUUACCCUGUG